AUGUGGAUAUAUUUCAUGCUCUUCGGAGCCGUGCUAUCAGCACCAGCUGAUGAAAUAAAAAAUGUGUUAGAUGAAGGAGAAUUAUAUCGCACCGAUCAAAUGUUUUUGAAGCCAAUAGUACCUUCUGGUUAUUCACCAUACGGAAAUGGCAAAGAGACUUUUCAGCUUUCUUAUAUAUUUCCAGAGGAUAAUAAAUAUUAUGCAACUUUCAACGAAUACUUCAAAAGGGGGAUUACUAUGAAAGGAUUAACAUUUAAUAUUUAUGACGAUAGCAUGAGAAAUGCAGCAAUAGCUUUAUUCGAACUUAUAAGAAAUACAAGAAAAACGGAAAAAUCUAAUUUCGAUAAGUUAUUAAAAUGGAUCAAUUACAAUGUUAACAGCGAUAUGGUUGAUUACGCUUCACGUCUUGGAUUUUUAUUUGAUACUUCCACCUCGAAAAAAGAGAAUUUUUUACCUCCUUUCUUAGUGAAACCAAAUUACUUUGUUGGAGGUGAAACCAUUUUCAAAGCAUUUUACAUCAGUGAUAAAAUAGGCAAAAUCGCGGAAAGCAUCUUCAAAACUUAUCAAAUUUUAAACAUAGACGGAAGAAGCUUUGCAAUUAAUAGCAAUUAUUCUGGUUGGAAUAUGCCACUACACACAUGUGACAAGCAAAUCAAAUAUUUCACUGAAGACAUUGCACUCAACAGUUAUUAUUACGGAUUACAACUUUUACAUCCGUUUUGGAUGACUAAUGAGGAAUUAGAUGCUUUGAAUCCUCGACAUGCUGAGCAUUACUAUUUUGCACACAAACAAUUAUAUGCUCGAUAUCUACUAGAAAAAGACCAUUUGCCAUCAGAUGAAGAAGCAAUAGAAGCAGAUUGUGAACCAGAAUAUAGCCCGCAUUUAUAUUACGAUAAUGGUCUUCCUUUUCCAUCUAGAUGUGAGAUUAAUGGCGAUGAUAAAGAGGGCAACUACAAUUAUUUAGAAACCAAGGAUUUAGAGAUUAAGGAAAGCAUUCACAGAGGAGCAUACACGGAAAAUGGUACAAUAGUAGUGCUGACUGAAGAUAAUUACAUGAAUCUUUUGGCGAGACUUGUUCGUUCUCAAAUGAAUAACAUAAAAAAUGCAAAAAUUACAAGAUCUGUUUAUAGUUACCGAACUUCAGGUUAUCUUAUUGACAAAUACAACCCUGCACCUUCGAUAUUACACCACCCUCAGACAACACUAAGGGAACCAAUCUACUGGUAUUUGAUAAAAAAAGAUCUUGAUUAUUUUGCGUUAUAUGCAAAUAACACAGAACCAUACGACUUAACUAAAUAUGAAAGGAAUGAUUUCACUAUAAGCAACAUCGAAACUAUUACUGUAUCGACAAAUUUUCAAUAUUAUUUGAUAAAUUUGUACAAAUCUAUGGAAGGUGACAAACCGUUACAUGUAGCUAUGACGAUGCCUUAUGUGUAUGCAAGACAGAGAAGAAUAAACCAUGAACCUUUUACGCUUAAAUUUACUAUAGAAUCUAAGUUACAGAAAGAUGUUACAAUAAGACUUUUCUUGGGACCUUCAUGUUCUAUCAAUCAUUGUUGGGAUUUGUAUUAUAAAUUCUUUCAGCUAGACUGCUAUCGUCACAAUGUAAAGGUCGGUACAAAUAUCAUAACUUGGACUAUAGAAUCAUCAUCAAAAUACUAUUCUGACCACAAUUUCAAUAAAACUGUGUCUUACGAACAACUUGAAGAAAAUUAUGAUAUAUUCAAAUUUCCUGAAAGUUUAGUUAUUCCAAAGGGACGUAAAGAAGGGCUAAAUUUUACAAUAUUUAUAAUGAUUGAUGAUGAAGAUGUUAAUAAUGACUUUGUAGAUUCUUCUUUGUAUAUGCAAGUUACUGGUAGUAUUAGCAAUAAACCGUUAGGUUUCCCGUUCCAUCGACAAGCGGAUAAAGACACAGUGAACGAUAAUGCUCUAAACUACAGAUUCUACAAUAUUUCUGUGUUUCACAAAGCGAGUCCUCCAGAUAGUACGGGCUAUUUUUCACCAAAUAUUUAUUGA